ACAAGCGGAGAAAUUUCGAAAGACUUCUUUUUGUGAACGUGCGUAAAUAAAGACGUCAAAAUUUGUCGAAAGAAAGCAGAAAAGGCCAUGCCUAUGAACCACACAAACACAACUCCACUGGAAGAUAUGGCAGCUGGACGAGCAGUCAACUCCAGUAAUCAGUGUUUGAAAGUGUUUGUGCAACGAGAUUAUAGUGAAGGAACAUUAGUAAAGUUCCAGACUCGUUUCCCAACAGAACUGGAGGACAGGGUGGGUAAUAGCAGAGGGAAUUUAGAGGUUAAAAGUGCUACCGUAUUUUUGGUACAAUUUUUCACUUUCACAUAACUGUUAUUUUCGAUUUAUUUAGCGAUACUUUCUGCAUAGUGCCGAGA